AUGGAGAGGUGGGUCAAGGAAUGCGGGCCGGAGACUAGUUCCCAGGCGGUGGCCCUAGCAGAAGGUUUCCUUCUGAGCCAGGCAGAGGACAAGAAUUGGGACCAGCAGGGGCAGGAGAGGAUGGUGGAGGAGUGUUACCACAGAGCAGCUUUGCCAGGUAUUCACAAGGGGGAGAAACCGUAUAACUGCUUGCUUUGUGGAAAGAGCUUUGCUAAGAGUUCAUAUCUUACUGUCCACCAACGAAUCCACACAGGGGAGAAACCUUUUAAAUGCUUCCAGUGUGAAAAAAGCUUUGCUUCAAAUUCAGACCUUACUAUCCAUAAGCGUAUCCACACGGGGGAGAAACCUUAUAAAUGCUUGCAGUGUGGAAAGAGCUUUGCUCGGAGUUCACACCUUACUAGACAUCAGCAUAUCCACACUGGGGAGAAACCUUAUAAAUGCUUGCGGUGUAAAAAGGGCUUUGUUCGGAGUUCAGAGCUUACUAUCCAUCAGCGUAUCCACACGGGGGAGAAACCUUAUAAAUGUGUGCAGUGUGGAAAGAGCUUUGCUCAGAGUUCACAGCUUACUGUCCAUCAGCGUAUCCACACUGGGGAGAAACCUUAUAAAUGCAUGCAGUGUGGAAAGAGCUUUGCUGGGAGUUCACAGCUUACUAUUCAUCACCAGCUUACUAGACAUCAGCGUAUCCACAGUGGGGAGAAACCUUAUAAAUGCUUGCAGUGUGGAAAGAGCUUUGCUCAGAGUUCACAGCUUACCAUUCAUCAGCGUAUCCACAGUGGUGAGAAACCUUAUAAAUGCUUGGAGUGUGGAAAGAGCUUUGUUUGGCGUUCAGAGCUUACUAGACAUCAGCGUAUUCACAGUGGGGAGAAACCUUAUAAAUGCAUGAAGUGUGGAAAGAGCUUUGUUUGGCGUUCAGAGCUUACUGUCCAUCAGCCUAUCCACACGGGGGAGAAACCUUAUAAAUGCUUGCAGUGUGGAAAGGGCUUUGCUCAGAGUUCAAAGCUUACUGUCCAUCAGCGUAUCCACACGGGUGAGAAACCUUAUAAAUGCUUGCAGUGUGGAAAGAGGUUUGCUCAGAAUGCACAUCUUAUUGUCCAUCAACGUAUCCACACUGGUGAGAAACCUUACAAAUGCUUGCAGUGUGGAAAGAGCUUUGCUCAGAGUGCACACCUUACUAUCCAUCAGCGUAUCCACACUGGGGAGAAACCUUAUAAGUGUUUGCAAUGUGGAAAGAGCUUUGCUUCAAGUUCAGAGCUUUCUGUUCAUAAGCGUAUCCACACUGGGAAGAAUCCUUAUAAAUGCUCGCAGUGGUCGCCCCUUGGAGGCCAGGAUGGGCAGCAGCAGCAGCUGGGGGUGGGGGUGGGCAAGGGGCUCCAGCCCCGCCUUCCCUGGGCCACCGCUUGCAAGGGAGUGAUGGGGCUGGCUGGGCCCACAGAUGCCGCCUCCGGCAGGGCGGAGCUGGGCGAGAAGUCGCUCAUUUCGGUGUCUGUCUAUCAUAGCAAUAUUAAACAGGAGUUUGGAACACUAUUCUUUCAGCUUUCGUGA